AUGCGCCACGCCUCGCCGCCGCAGGAGCUCCCCGCCGCCGGGGGCGAGAUCCAGGCGGCGCUGGCCCCCGCCACCGCCUCCUCCGCCCGCGCGGGCGCCCGCGGAGGCGGAGGCGGCGGCUCCUUCACGGCGCUGCUGGGCCUCCCCACCUCGCAGGCCAUCGAGCUGCUCCUCCCCCGCACGGCGCCGCCGCCCGCCCUAGCCCUAGCCCCAGCCCCAGCCCCCGCCGCAGCGCCCGCGCCAGCCUUCCCCUCCGACCCGCACCUCGUGGACCGCGCCGCGCGCUUCUCCACGUUCGCGCCCCCGUCCCCGUCCUCCCCUUCCCCAGCCCCGCCUCCACCGCCCCCUCCCGCCGCCGCCGCUAACGCCGGCAAGCGCAAGGCCGACACCGUCGACCGCGCCUCCAAGGGGAAGGCGGCGAAGAAGGGGAAGACAGCGGAGGAGAAGCCCGCGGGCGGCGACGGCGACGACGAGAAGCCGGCGUACGUGCACGUGCGGGCCAGGCGGGGCCAGGCCACGGACAGCCACAGCCUCGCCGAGCGGGCGAGACGCGAGAAGAUCAAUGCGAGGAUGGAGCUGCUCAAGGAGCUGGUCCCCGGCUGCAGUAAGGUAUCAGGAACAGCACUGGUGCUAGAUGAGAUCAUCAAUCAUGUUCAGUCUCUCCAAAGGCAAGUUGAGUACUUGUCAAUGAGGCUCGCAGCUGUAAACCCAAGGGUCGAUUUUGGUGGGCUAGAUAGCUUUCUGACCACGGAGUGUGGAAGGAUAGCAGGCUUCAACUGCAAGAACGGAAUCGACUUGGAGCAGGUAACCUGGCCAGAAAUGGGUGUUCAUGGAGCAAGGCAGCUGAUGCAACUUCAACAGCAGUUCUGGCAUGGUGAUUUAGCACAUCCACACCAAGUGGCUUCACAGUGGGAAAAGCGGGGGGACGGCCAUCCUCCCGUCUUUAGCAACUCCAAUCCCUCUCUCUUCGGCUAUGAUCUAACAAGCUCUGGUAAAUCUUUCACGCAGUCCUAUAUCUUCCUGACUGAAUUUAGUUGUUUGUCUCUUACUUCACAUAUCUCAGCCUGGCUUGGCCCACGACUUUUGUCUCUUACUUUGUCCUGCCAGCACUCUCUUGAGAAGAAAAUGUGUACAGAUAGGCGGACCCUACCGGUUGGUGCUGAUGGCCCGAACCCAAUAAAUGCUUGUCCAGAACCAGAAACCAUAUCGCCCCCGUCUUUCUGUUUGGGCUUGGCUGCAUAA